AUGCUGCUCCUGGCCCUCCUGCUUCUCCUGGAGCCUAACCCUGCAGGCUCCCUGGCACCUGGAACUCCAGCCCGAAACCUCCCUGAGAAUCACAUCGACCUCCUGCGCCCAGCACUCUGGAAAUCUCAGGCCAACCACCACCGCCGGCGGGGCCUGGGCAAGAAGGCACGGAGCCCAGGCAUGCCUGGCAGGGCUCAGGAUGGGGUUGUGGUCACCACCACCAGGCAGGCCUCCAGGCUGCCUGGGGCAGGGGGCCUGCUGCCUGGGCAGAGUCCUGCAGGCCUGCUACGGGACAAGGACCUGCUCCGAGGGCUGGCGCUGCCCUAUCCCGAGAAGGAGAACCGGUCCCCAGGGCUAGAGAGGGCGAAGAAACACAAGAGACGCAGGGACAGACUGAAGCUGCAUCGAGGCCGAGCUUUGGUCCGAGGUCCCAGCUCCCUGAUGAAGAAGGUGGAAUUCUCUGAAGACCAGGUUCAGGACGCUAUAAUGGAAGACUCCUCUACCAGCCUGGCCCCCACCAUGCUGUUCCUAACCACCUUGGAGGCAGCACCUGCCACGGAAGAGUCCUUCAUCCUGCCUGUCACGUCUCUGCGACCUCAGGUGCAGCCCAGGCCCGAAGGGGAGGUGAUGCCCACAUUGGAUAUGGCCUUGUUCGACUGGACUGAUUAUGAAGAUCUAAAACCAGAGGUCUGGCCCUCUUCAAAAAAGAAAGAGAAACACCGAGGUAAACUCUCUAGUGAUGGCAAUGAAACAUCACCAGCAGAGGGGGAGCCGUGUGACCAUCAUCAAGACUGCCUCCCAGGCAGCUGCUGUGACCUUCGGGAACAUCUCUGCACGCCUCACAACCGAGGUCUCAACAACAAGUGCUUCGACAACUGCAUGUGCACAGAAGGACUUCGCUGCUACGCCAAAUUCCACCGGAACCGCAGGGUUACGCGAAGGAAGGGACGUUGCGUGGAGCCCGAGACAGCCAACGGUGACCAGGGAUCCUUCAUCAACGUCUAG